AUGCCGCAGCUACAGCCGGGACCUGCCAGACUUCUCAACUCUUUCUGUGCUGUGGAGAAGACAUUGCAGUGCAGUUGUCUUUUUCAUGGGAUCCCCACACCCUCUGUGCAGUGGUGGAUGAAUGGUGCUCUAGUGGACGUGAGCAGUGGGCAGGGCCACCUCCAGGUGACCUCUACCACACUUGGCCCCUGGGACAACAGCACCCUCAGCCUGGUCAAGGACCCAGAAAUGGGCACAGUCCUUCUUUGUGAGGGAAAGAACCAACAUGGAACCCAUGGUUUGAGCAUCCUACUGAUGUCAAGAAGGGGCCCUUUGGCUCCCCAGAUCUUCCUGAAAGCACUGCUCCAGGGUGUUGUCUAUGCAGCCAUGGCAACCACACUGCUUUUCCUCUGCCUCCUCCCCUUCAUAGUGAAACUGCUCAGGACGCAGCAGGCAAAGAAGUGUGCACAGAUAAGAGCACAGAUGGUCUCUAAGGCUGCCACAGACCCAGAAUCCAGUGUGAAGCCCGAGGAGCCUAGGGAAUCCAGAACUGAGUCACCUUCUGGGAAGCAGCUCUCAGAAAAAGAAGAUAGCCCGAAGCCAACGAAGCCUGUGGAAACUGCAUCACAUUCGAAGUUCCCAUUAUCCCCAGAACUACAAAAACCCACAGAGACACCAGAAACGCCAAUUCCAUGA